CAUACUACACAAUAGUAAUAAUAAAGACAGUAUAUAACAGAGGUAGAAAAGAAGAAUACCUUUAUAAAUAUAAAACAUGUGUGGUAUCUAAGUCUAUCAGAAGAAAAAUAAACUACAUGUUUGACAAAAUAUUUUCACUGUUUAAGGUUUAUUGACUGUAAAUAUCCCGGAGCUCUCAGACACAUGUCGAGGUCUUCAUCAUGGUGAGGUCGUGGAAAUGUCGUCUGUGCCAAAAUAAAAGAAAUGUUAUGAAGUACAUGUUGGUAAAUAUAACAAAAACACUUCCGGUAUGGAUUCAAUCACAACAAUCACACAAAUCACGAUGUGAAGAUUAACAACCGAGGAGUGAGUCAUCUCUUCGUCUCAUAUCAUCUUUGAUCUGCAGACCGGAAGUGGAGCGGAGCAGUUGCUCUUCGACUUCCGGUUGAGUGGGGUAUCUUUAAGUGGGUGAAAGGUGGAGAAGACGACAGACUGUCAUUUUUUAAAGUGAACUCACCUUCAGUCCAACAUCACAGAAUCGACCAUGCUGCAGAACACUGGGAAGUUAGCCGGCUGCACGCUCUUCAUCACUGGAGCGAGUCGAGGGAUCGGUAAAGCCAUCGCUCUGAAGGCCGCCAGAGACGGAGCCAACAUCGUCAUCGCCGCCAAGACCGCCGAACCCCACCCAAAACUACCGGGAACCAUCUACACCGCCGCGCAGGAGGUGGAGGCAGCAGGAGGGAAAGCGUUGGCUUGUGUUGUCGACAUCCGUGAUGAGGUGCAGAUCGAAGACGCUCUUCAGAAAGCUGUCGACAAGUUUGGAGGAAUCGACAUCCUGGUGAACAACGCCAGCGCCAUCAGUCUGACAGGAACUCUGGAGACGCCCCUUAAGAAGGUGGACCUGAUGCUGGGAAUCAACCUGAGAGGGACUUACCUGACGUCUAAGCUGGUCAUCCCUCACCUGCUGAAGAGUCGUAGUCCUCACAUCCUGAACUUGUCUCCUCCGCUCAACCUCAACCCCGUUUGGUUUAAGAACCACACAGCGUACACGAUGGCGAAGUACGGCAUGUCCAUGUGUGUCCUUGGAAUGGCAGAAGAGUUCAGAGGUCAAAUUGCCAUUAACGCCCUCUGGCCUAAAACUGCGAUCCAGACGGCAGCGAUGGAUAUGUUGGGGGGCGAGGGCAUCAGUAAACAGUGUCGUACGUCUGACAUCGUGGCGGAUGCCGCCUACGCUGUCCUGACCCGACCGAAGGACUACACGGGUCACUUCCUGAUUGACGAGGACAUCCUGAAGGAGCAGGGAGUCCAGGAUUUCGAACAGUACGCCGUCCAACCAGGUCACCCACUGCUGCCGGACUUCUUCCUGGACGAAGCACCAGAGAAUCUGGUCGGACAGAUGGAGCAACACGGAGCAACACCAGCCUUCAAACCACCAUCAUCAUCUUCAUCAUCAGCCAGGCCUUCCUCCUCCGGUGGACCCAUAGAAGGCACAUUCACCGCCAUCAGAGGAGUCCUCAGUGAAGACGUGGUCAAGUCUACGCAGGGCAUUUAUCAGUUCGACCUAUCAGGAGAACAUGAGGGCUUGUGGUUUCUGGACCUGAAGAGUGGUUCCGGUCGCGCCGGUCAGGGCCAGUCGCCCGUCAAAGCCGAUGUUGUCAUGACCAUGGACUCCGGCGACUUCAGCAAGAUGUUUGCAGGGAAGCUGAAGCCCACGCUGGCCUUCAUGUCGGGGAAGCUGAGGAUCAAAGGAGACAUGACGCUCGCCCUCAAACUGGAGAAGCUCAUGAGCCGCAUGAACAAGGCCAAACUGUGAGGCCCCGCCCACAGGCCUCAGGCCCCGCCCCCUGCUUGUAGCUGUACAUGUUGCCUUAAAGAAGAAAUGACACGUUAUUAAAUAAUCGAUAAUAAACAUGUGUUUUAUGAAGUCCUAACAUUCUGUACAUGACCUCUAGUGACCUUUACACACAACUAAAUAAAAUAAUUAAAAUAA